GCCCAUCUCCGAUCUUCCAUCAAAUUUCAAAUGGGCAGCUCGAAUCAUUUCUGAAAGCAGCCGGAGAGACGAUCGGACCCACCAUGCGGAAGCAAGUGCUGUCGUUAACGGAAGCCGCCGCCGGUAGAAUACGCCAACUCCUCGAGCAGCGUCAGCGCCCAUUCCUCAAGCUUGGCGUCAAGGCUCGCGGCUGCAACGGCUUGUCUUACACCCUCAAUUAUGCAGAUGAGAAAGGCAAGUUUGAUGAGUUGGUUGAAGAGAAAGGAGUGAAAAUAUUGAUUGACCCAAAGGCCCUAAUGCAUGUCAUAGGAACCAAGAUGGACUUUGUAGACGACAAACUGAGAUCUGAGUUCAUAUUCAUCAACCCAAAUUCUAAGGGCCAGUGUGGCUGUGGAGAAUCGUUUAUGACAAUGAGCAGCUCAGAAGCAGCUAAACGUACUGGUAGCUCCGGGACAUAGUUACUUUAGCUUCAUUUACAAUAAGCUACUGUUAUCUCCUAGACUAGAAGAAAUUCUGCAGCUGGCUUGUUGAGCAUGGCCUUCUCUGAGUUUGUAGGUGGAAAUGUUUUAUUGGUAUAACAGCGGCGAAUGGUUGUGUUGAGCUUCAGUGCUGUAAAUUCUCUUUUUGUUGAUGUGUUGUUGUAUUGACAUUGUAAAUCAUUAUGCUCUUUAUAAAAGAAAUAAGCACAACUUCCCUCU